AGUUGCACCAGCGCUCCUCCUAUCCCUAGCCCACCAGUCCAGUCCGCAAGCAUCCCUCUGCUCUGCGCAGUGCUGUUGGGUUUUUUUCAGCCUCCAUGGCAUCGUCCAAGGCCUUCUUCCUCGUGGCCCUCAACCUGGUCCUCUUCACGGUGGCCAACGCCUGCGGCGGCGGCUGCCCGACGCCAACGCCGCCAACCCCGACGCCGCCGUCGCCUUCAACCGGUGGCAAGUGCCCCAAGCACGCGCUUAAGUUCGCUGCGUGCGCCAACGUGCUGGGCCUCGUCAGCGCCGAGGUCGGCCACCCGCCCGCCGAGCCGUGCUGCAGCAUCCUCGGCGGCCUCGCCGACUUGGAGGCCGCCGUCUGCCUCUGCACCGCCAUCAAGGCCAACGUGCUCGGCAUCACCGUCGACAUCCCUGUCAAGCUCAGCCUCAUUAUCAACUACUGUGGCAAGAACCUCCCAAGUGGCUUCAUAUGCGCCUGAUAGAUACUCUGAUAGAUAGCUGCGCGUGUGACGUACUUCGCAUGCAUGCAGCCCAUGCAUUGGCUGUCUCCUUCUACCUUUUUCUUUUGUCUUUGCUUUGUCAUGUUAGCUUGGUUCUGAAUGUAGAAGUACUCUAGACAAUGAAGCUAGUGUGAGUCAAAUCAUUUUCUUUUUUGAGUGAAGCGUGUUGCGUUGCGUGCCUAUAUUAUCUUCUUCAAGGUCUAGGUAGGCGUAGGCUAGCGCUAGGUACUGCAUGCAGUGCUAUUUGUCUAUGUUUCCUAUCCACCGUUGUACACUUGUACUCCUUUGAUUCCAA